GCGGCGGGGGGCCGAGGACGAGCACGCCCAGCGCCUGGAGCUGAUGCGGCAGCGCCUGCUGCGGGGCGGCACCGCCGACGGCAAGGUCAGCGGCCUGCGGGGUCCGCUCCUGGAAACGCUUGGGGUCAGCCCCAACAAGAAGGGGCAAUGGCCGCCCCGCAUGGAGCAACUGGCACCCUCAGUGCCGCGGUUGGUGCGGGCAGCGUCCAGCGAGGCAGCCACGCCCCACCUGCUGCCCCCGGAGCGCGUCCUGCAGAAGAGCAGCUCCUUCAGCCACGGCGAUGCUGAGCCUGUCGUCCGGCACCGCCGCUCCGGAGCGCCCCUGGAGAUCCCAAUGGCCCACGCUGAGAUCCAGCGGCUCAAGGAGUCCCCGUCACUCUCGGCGCUCUCCGAGGCACGGCCCCAGGCACCGGAGACCAUGGUACCGCAGCCCCCUGCGGCCAAGGCUGCCCAGGAGAGGAGAUCCAGCACCGAGGAGCGGGCCCAGUCCCAGGCCAGAGCUGCCACCACCACUGUGGGGAAGAAGCCAACGGAGGAAAAGGUGCCCACUAAGGCUGAAGCCACCAGAGCAACAGAGACCCCUGGGGUGGGGGCUGCCAGGCUCAGAGCAGCCACCCUGCAGCAGCCUUCGGCCCCUGGUGCUCGCACCCCUAAGAUGUCCUCCUACGCGGAGGUGAUGCAGGCAAUGGGAGCCACGUGGGAGGGGGAGCUGGCCACCAAGGAAGCCCCCCGGCCCGCCUCUCCCACUGAGCCCCCUGCACCGGCACCAGCACCAGAGAAGAAAGAGGUGCAGCCCACCGGCUCCUCCAGCUCCCUGCUCAUCCAGGACAUUGACUCUGAGGAGGUCUUCGAGGCCAAAUUCAAGCGGAGCCGUGAGUCAUCCCUCAGCCGUGGGCUGAAGCUCCUCACCCGCUCCCGCUCGGAGGACCGGCACUUGGCCAGCCCCUCGGCCCGCGACGACGGCAUUUACCGGCCCACACCAGCCGGCGUGCCCCUGGAGCUGCGCCGGAGCCAGCCCGCCGGCUUGGAGAAGUCCAAGUCGGUGCAGGACCUGCACGAGGUGGAGAAGGACAGCAGCUUCCUCCGCAGGAUGUCUGUGCUCCUCAAGCGCACCCCACCCCCCGAGAGGAGGAAGAGCAAAGGCGAGGAAGGUGGCGGUGACACUCCGACCCGCGGGCGCCGCUUCUCCUGGAGUCUGGGCUUGGGCAGCUCCAAGGAGCGCAGGGACUCGGAGAGCCUCAAGUCGGAGCCGGGGGCUGGCGGGGAGUCGCCGGUGGUAGCAGUGCGGCGGAAGAUCAGUGCCACUAUGGAGCGGGUGUCCUCGCGGCUGCGCAGCCUGUCAGACGAGCGGCCCGAGGACGAGGGGCCGGGGGAGCUGGGUCAGCGGCGGCCCUCCCUGCUGCGCCGCUCCAUCUCGGAGGGGGACAGCCUGCGACGGGUGGGCGUUGUGGCGCAGGACCAGGUGGGACCACCUCCGGCACCCGCACCAUCCUCCGAGUCCCUGCGCUCGGAGGGCAGCACCCGCUCCACCGCCUCUGCCAAAGGUGAGGGGCAGAAGCGGUCACGCUGGGAGCGCUGGGGGCUCUCCCGGACGAAGAAGGAGAAGGUGGCCUCACAGCCCAGCAUCCCCUCCAGCCUGCUGCGGGAGGAUGGCUCUGCAGCUGGGCGGCAGCAUGCACCCAGCGAGUCAGAUUUCCCACCCAUUUUUCACAUCAAGCUGAAGGACCAGGUGCUCCUGGAGGGCGAUGCCCUGACUCUUUGCUGCCUGCCUGCUGGCUGCCCGACCCCCAGAAUUGUCUGGAUGAAAGAUAAGCGGUCACUGCAGGCAGACAAUGUGCUGAACAUCAUCUCCUGCAAGGACGGCCGCCAGAUGCUCACCAUCUCCAAGGUCUCCAGGAAGGAUGCGGGGCUAUAUGAGUGUGCAGCCGCCAACACCCUGGGCACAGCCAUCAGCUCCUGCACGCUGGCUGUGGCACGGCUUCCUGGGCGGCCAGGCACCCCGGAGAUCGCCCAGAAGUACAAGAACACGGUGCUGGUGCUGUGGAAGCCCGCAGAGAGCAAAGCCCCCUGCACCUACACGCUGGAGCACAGGCUGGAGGGGGAGCACGAGUGGAAGUUGGUCAGCACUGGCAUCACUGACUGCUACUUCAACGUGACAGAGCUGCCCCCUGGCAGCGCUGCCAAGUUCCGGGUGGCCUGCGUCAAUAAGGCUGGGCAGGGGCCUUACAGCACCCCAUCAGGCAAAGUGCAUCUGGAGGCAAUGGACUCCCAUGCUGCUCCAGCCAAGAACACUGCCAUCCCCGUGCCUGACAAGGCAGCUUCCAGCCGGUCAACCCAAACACCCCAGGCACAGUUGGAGCCCCCGGCCCCAGGGCUGCCCCCAACCACACCACCUCGCAAGCACAAGGCAGUUCUGCAGAAGCCUGAGCAGCCACUGCAGCCAUGUGUCCCUGAGGGGGCGCAGCCAGACCCCAAGCUCCCACCCAACAUCACUGUCUGCGAGCCCCCAGAGCUGGUGUUCACUGCCCCUCAGACUGCUGCCAUGCCCCACACAGGCACCACUGCUGCUCCCAUGGACACAUCUGCUCCCACCUUGCCCACGCGGGUGUCCCACCAACCCAGGGCACCCUCUCCAUCCAGACCCUCCCCUGCUCCCUCGGCAUCCACCACCCCCAACACUGCACCCACCAGGAAGAUGCCCCCCUACAUGGUCACGUCCUUCGUCUCUAUGCCCCCCGCCUCGCCCCCUGCCCAGGAGGCACCUGCCUCCACCCUGUCCUCCAAGGAACCCUCAGGUGACAGCAGGGCCCCGGACGGCACGGCACUGCGGCAGGGUGUCCCCCAGAAGCCAUACACCUUCCUGGAUGAGAAAGCGAGGGGCCGCUUUGGGGUAAUUCGGCUGUGCAAGGAGAACGCCACAGGAAAGCUCUUCAUGGCCAAGAUUGUGCCCUACGAGGCAGAGAGGAAGCAGAGUGUGCUGCAGGAGUAUGAGAUCCUGAAGGCACUGCAUCACGAGCGGAUCAUGGCCCUACACGAGGCGUACAUCACCCCUCGCUAUCUGGUGCUCAUCUGUGAGAACUGUGCUGGCAAGGAGAUCCUCUACAGCAUUGUGGACAGGUUUCGCUACUCAGAGGAUGACGUGGUGAGCUAUGUCCUGCAGCUGCUGCAGGGCCUUGAGUACCUGCAUGGCCGCCGCAUUGUGCACCUUGACAUCAAGCCUGACAACGUUGUGGUCUCGGGCACAAACGCUCUCAAGAUCAUUGAUUUUGGCAGCGCCCAGACCUACAACCCCCUGGUGUUGCGGCAGCUGGGGCGACGUGUGGGCACACUGGAGUACAUGUCGCCAGAAGUGGUGAAAGGCGACCCGGUGGGCUCCGCUGCGGAUGUUUGGGGUGUUGGCGUCCUCACCUACAUCAUGCUGAGUGGGCGGUCGCCAUUCUUUGAACUGGACCCCAUUGAGACAGAGAACCGCAUCCUGGCAGGACGCUUCGAUGCCUUCAAGCUGUACCCCAACGUCUCACAGAGCGCUGCCCUCUUCAUUCGCAAGGUCCUCACCGUCCAUCCCUGGAGCCGCCCCACAGUGAAGGACUGCUUCGCCAACACCUGGCUCCAGGAUGCCUACCUGAUGAAGCUGCGCCGCCAGACUCUCACUUUCACCACCAAUCGCCUCAAGGAGUUCCUGGUGGAGCACCAGCGGCGCCGUGGCGAGGCUGUCACCAAGCACAAGGUCUUACUCCGCUCCUACCAGGGCAGCCAGCCACCAGGGCCGCAGUAGCCAUGAGGGGUGAGGAGCCAGAGGAACAUUCCAGGGGCCGCGGGACAGGGCGGCCAAGGAGCCAGGAUGAGCCCACGGACCCCACCUGCCAGGGAUGCCGGCAGGGCAGGACAGGGACAGAGACGAGUGGCGUCUUUCAGUGGAGUCUUGAAGAAGAGUUUCUGGAAAAUGGUGCCCCAGCUGGGGUCAGAUGGCGAUGCUGGAAUGGAUGGAGAAUGUGGCAGAGGGUUGGGGGAAGAAUGUGAUGGGGACAGGAUGGAGAUGGGGGUCUGGAAGAUCUGCCAGCAUGCCGGCCAGCCUAGGCCACGUGGUCAGUGGGGGACUGGCCCCAAAAUGUGGCCGCCCCUGCAGUGUCCAGCGCAGCCACGUGCCUUACCCGCAGCCCGUGGCUCCCACUGUCAUGACACAGGGGGACAAGGGGUGGCCCCAUCCCCUAACAUAGACUGGGGAUGCCCACGGUCAGUGUGCUUUGCACGGGAGUGCCGAAGACAGAGGCUGCUCCGCUGGGCUGCGCAGAGGGGCCAACCGGCAGCACAGGCCUGCUCCUGCUCUAGAGGGCUGCAGCCCAGGCCCCACACCGGUGCCUUCCCUGGGCUACACAUGCUCUGCACCUACUCAGGCCCACACUGCUCUUGCUUCUGGGGGCACCCCGAGCAGGAAGAGAUGCUUGCAGCCGCCCGUACCCAAGACGUCCCGUGCAGCCCCUCCCGCCCCACGUGCAACCCCACAUGUGCCUUGCUGAACCACACACCCCACGCACACGCGUGCCCUCGCACACACACGCUGCCCUGCGGGGUGCUCCAUGCUGUGCGGACCCCAUCACCUCCCCUGGGUGCCUCCGGCUGGGGCAGCACUGGGCAACUGCACUGCAGCGACUGGACUUUAUGGAUAGCGGGGAGAAGUUCUGCCCCUGCUCUGUGCCCCCGCCUCUCUGCCAGGCCUCAGAGUCGCUGCUGUCCCUGCGAGCCGAAGCGAGUGCCGUGCCAGAGCAGCAAUAAAGGCCCUGAGCAGCCC